UUUUUCUAUCACCACCGAGCUAACCAUGACCUUUCUCCGGUAUAAAUUCCGUAGCUGAGACUGGCUCCUCACGCUUCCCAUCUUGCCUCGCGGAGAUGAAGAGCCUUCUGGUCCUGCCUUUUCUGGUCACCCUUGCCUUCGGGCAGGAGGCUGUGUGUAGGUGUGGCGCCUUCGUGUCCACUUCUGAAGCCGAGGUGGAGGUUUUGAAGUUCCCGAACAUUCAACUUGCCGACUGCACGCAAACAAAUUACUGCGCCCAGACUUGCAAGGCAGAGUGGGAGAGGAUUACGAACGACGGGGACCUGUGCUCUGUGAAGCCUGACGGAGACACGGUGGCCCAGCGCAUGUGUAACAACCUGGCGGACCUGGGCAAGGAAAACCUCCAGCCACACUCCGUCUACCUUUACUACAACGUGUGCGGAGGCCCGUGGCUGUUUGACGGCCAGAUCAGUCGGCAGGAACUCGAAUGCCGUAACACCUUGGCGGUAGUCGAGUGCUGAUAGGCAGACAAAGGAUGCCAGAGUGUCUCCUGGGGCCGGAGUAGCAUACACAAUUGGUUACUUUGGUGAUGUAUUCGGAAAUGUCGAUACUCCGCUGUAAAAGCUCACAAUUCUCCUACAGACUUGGGAUUCAUCGAUUCGCUUACAUUUACAUCAUUGGUUGCCCAGAAGUAUUAGUCACAUAAGUCGAUUCAGAAACAUCAUAAAGCCAUUGGAUUCUCUCCCAAAAUUUAAGAUCCCUCCAUAAAGUGUAACAGAUGCGUGGACAUAAAUGUCUCGUUUUAGAAAUGAGCUUAAAAAUGACAUCUAAUACGGUUCACUUUUUCGCCGUCCUUAAAUAGAUAAAAAAUGUUUUUUCGGAAUAAAAUAUACGAUAUGGU